CUGAUAGCUGCAUUGUACCACUCAAGAGAUCGGUCACGAUCUCGACCUCGAACCAUCGCCUCGCUGGCAACCAACAUGAGCAUCGCCCUGCGCGAACAUGGACGAUCCUUGGGGCUCGCCUUGGUCAUCAAACACGAUCUCCAAGCCAGAUCCGACGCUGUCGCCGCCGAAAAAACUACUCAGUCCGCCGCCGAAGGCCUUCUUCGGUAGCACGUUGAGCCUCUCGAGCCCGUCGCCCUGGGCAGAAGAUGCCGGUCGCGGAGAUUGGACGUCAGAGCAGCCGGACUCUGCCGCGAAUACACUCGACUGGGGAGCAUGGGCGGACCCGUCUUCGCAGUCCUCUCAACCGAGCCCACGGCUGGGCGUGCUAGGAAAAGGAGGCUCGAACGCGUGGCCGAGUAGCACCGCGACCUCCCCCUCUCUUAGGCCGCUUCCUCGAUCUCGAACCUCCUCUAUAUUCCGAUCUCAUUCUCCAGAUCCGUGGGCGACGGAAUUAUCGCUGCAGGACAGGAGAAGAGAUGCCUCGGCAACGUCGGCAACGCCCAGCAAGUCCACCGGUACAAGUCCUCGGGACGAGUCGGCCGAGAUACCCACACCCCAUGUGGAAAAGCAAAACAGUAUAGAGGGCAUCGGGCUGGGAGUGGAUAUUAUCGGGUCAGAAGGAGAGGCCGAAAGAACAAUAGACACCGGAUCGAGCGUAUGGGAACUCUCACGGCCGUCGACAAGUCCGCGGGAAUCUCGUGAUCUCGAUGCCGAUUCCGCGCCCAAAGUAGAGGUUCAGGAUUUCCACUCUAGGCCGUCCUCCACCUUCUCGCGAGAUAGCUACAAUGGAGCCGACCGCCAGGAUUCGCCUAUUACUUCCAUCGACGAAGACCCUAGGUCGCGUCUACGGAUCGCGUCUCGAAAGGCAUCCGGGAAAGUUCAGGAACUUGUGGGGAUGUAUGAUGGCUUGGCAAAAUCCAUGCUUGAAGAACUGCCCACGUCGUCACGGCCAGGAUCUUCGAGGAGGGACGGGCAAGAGAGAUCGUCAAGUCGGGCCCGAAGCGUAGGUGCGGCAGAUGACGGGGAUUUCGGUGACUUUGAAGAUGCGAAAAGCGUGAAUGAGAAACUGGCACCAAAUUCAAGUUCCACUUUGGCCUUUCCCGACAGAUCAUCAACGCCUAAAGACCUGUCCCGGGAUGCAAAACCGGUACGAGGGUCUAUUAAUCAGCGAUCCACGACGUCAGGAAAGGCAUCGGCGCCGGUUCGACAGCUUAUGGAGAAAUUUGGGCCCAUAAGAUUCGAUACCGACCUCCAGUCCAUCGAGAAACUGUUUCCAGACCUCCCGCACAAUAUCAGUGACGAUACAAAAGAACCCCACAACAUUCCCGAGCAUAUCAUCAAUGAUAGCUUCGAAACCAUUUCGGAGCGUAAAGCAUGGUACCGAAUAUCCCGUUACGGAUCAGUCCGGAAGCAUGACUCUGGAGACGAGGACAAUUACCAUCGUGUGGAGUGGUCGACCUCGUAUUUACACAGCGAAACCAUAAAAAUAGUCCGGAGGUGGAUGGAAGAGGAUUCGAUUGCGGGACGAGUUACGCUAGGAGCCGGGAAGCGCACAAGCGUGUUUAACUGGGACUCUGCCGCAGCUCCUGUGGACUUGGGCAAGGUAUUUGCCCGAAAGGCUUCGUCUGCUACCCCCCCGCGGGCGAGUUCAAAAGCGUUACCGGAUCCAGGCUCAGAACGCCCGGCGCAUCCCGUAGCCUUACGUAUCGAAACCAGAAAAUCGAUCAAGAGUCCGAUCGAGCCCCCACCUGCAACCGGCGCCAGUUUUGGUUGGGGCUCGAGUGCCGUCAAGUCGCCGCCCCUCCCCGGACCGACUCCCAGCAACAACAGGGGGGGUAAACACGUGCCAUCCAUCAGCCAACCUGUAUCCCUACCAGCCAAAACCGAGGCUAAACCCAGCGUCACCUCCCCAACGCAGCAGCAGCCAAGCCAGAGCGAGCUUAUCUCGGAUGACGACGACGAUGAAUGGGGUGAGAUGGUUUCUUCUCCUCGAGUGGAAUCCCAACCGGGCCCUACCUUUGUCGCGCAAUCACUUAGCGCCCUAAACGGUAUCGCAUCAGCGCAGGCUAGCUCUACCGCUGAUAGCCCAGGUCCUAGCGGUAAAUCGACACAAAUACCCUCUGUUACCGAUCUGGGGGAUGGCCGGGGUCCAAAGCAGAUUCCCAGCCGGGUAGGCCCGUCGAAUAUAGAAGCGCAAAGGGUGGCUUUGUGGCCCAUCGAGGAUUUCUCCGUCUUUGAAAACGCUGCUCAGAUGGCCACGUCGCCAAAACGGAACCAGGAUCCUUGGCCUUUAGACGGCAUUCCGGUCCUCGGAUCGCCCACAACAACGGCGUCAGCAGCUCAAGGAGCAGGCGUAGCCAAAGCCAAACCGACGUCGGGCGCGAGCCAGCCUCGCGAAAAGAGUGCGCGGGCGGACACGGGGAAGACAGCAGAUGCCACACCCCCGCUGACGGCCGUGCUCGGCCCGAUCCAGAAAGACCAGCAACGAGAUCAAGACGAGAUCGUUCAACGCGUUGUUAAAAACCUGCCUGACCUGUCAUAUAUGCUGCGUUAGUUAGUUUAUGUCUUGGGAGGUGCGGCGAUCAGUAUAAGCAGUUGAUUACGACGGCAGCCGGGGACGGGAGAUCGGAUAGGGACGCGAGCGUUUAAGGAAAACAAAAGGGCGCCGAUAGUACACGGGUUUUGAAUGGGCAAACAUCACUGCAGGCGUCUUGCGGUCUCGGGAAUUGAGAUGAUUCCAUUCUUUCC